AUGGCCAAGCUGCGUGAGAUUGAGCGGGCUGCGUCUCUGCUGGCCGAGCGGGACUCGGGCGGCGCGGGCGGCGGGUACGAGCUGGAGAUCUCGAACCAGGACGGGAGCAAGAUCGAGCUUCCAGCGGCGGACCGGAAGGCCUUCUCCCUCGGCGCGCUCCUGCACGCAAAGGCGACGGCACAUAUUGGCUCACUCUCACGCCGGCUGCGCGCGGCGCUCGAGUCGCUGCCACCUCCGCUGGCAGAGGAGGAGGAGGCUGAGCUGAAGGCGGCCAUCGCCCUCUCAAAGGGCGAGGGAAUCGACGAGGCGGCCACGCGAGAGGGGCAGCAGGAGGGAGGCGGGGAGGAGGGCGGCGGGCCGGAGGGAGGCGGCUGCGUGGCGAGCCUCUCCGAGGCGAAGCACCUGCUCGAGGAGGCGGAGGCGGCAUUCGCGCUCCUCUCGCCGCGCUUCGCCUCCCUCGGCGACAACGUUGCGCUCUGCAGCCUCGAGUGCGUGUGGGUGGUGACGCUGCAGCAGCUGCUCGCUCGCUCCUCGACGGUCGAGGCGGCCACUCUCGACCAGGCGACAGGGGCAACACGCAGGCUCGAGAGGGUCGCCGCGCUGCUGCGAGGUGCGUGGCGGGAGCGCGCCGUGUACGUCCGGCUCCACCUGCUGCAGGGCGCCCUCCGUCUCUACCGCGGCGAGGCGCACGACGCGCGAUCGGACCUAGCGCGCGCCGAGUCGCUGCGGCAGGAGCUCUCCAUCUGCCCGCACGACCAGCCAAAGAUCGCGUCGCUCCUCGAGCUCGGUGUGCCCCUCCGGAGCGCGCGCGCCGCCCUCCUCGCCACCGGCAAAGACGUGACCCGCGCGGCCGAGUUCGCCCUCACGCGGCACGCGGCGGAGGUGGCCGAGGAGCGCGACGCGGCCGAGCGGCGCCGGCAGACGCGCGCGCUCGUGCAGAGCCUCGUGGCGAUGGGGUUUGGCCCUCGCAAGGCGGCGGCGGCGCUGCGCCGGUCGAAGAACGACUUGGCUCAGGCGGUGGUGGAGCUGACCCGCGAGGUUGAGCGAGGCGGGGGAGGCGGAGGAGGCGGAGGAGGCGGAAGCGGAGGCGGAGGCGGAGGUGGAGGCGGCGAGGGCGAGGGAGGCGGAGGCGGAGGUGGAGGGGCCGGCGGCGAGGGCACGGAUCCGUCCGCCCCCGUCUCGCCCACCGCCCACCUCCCCGCCGACGCGGCCCAGCGCGAGGCGAACCGCGCCAUCGACCAGGCGAUCGAGGCGGCGGAGCUCGGCGCGGCGGUGGCGGCAGCGGCGGGCGCUUACGACGAGGUGGACCUUCGGCUCGAGGGCUUGGUCCUCGGGCACCUCCUCGCGCUCGUCGCGGCGCGGGGCGCGUGAGUGGCGCAGGGGCUCGCUCUAAGUAGGCGGCGCAGGGGCCCGACCCUCACGCGCCCCUCAGCCCCUCCCCCUCAUUGAACCUUGUUAGUUGUUUGUGUGUGGCGUCGACGACAUGAUCUUGCACAGAGCCCUUGCGUUU